GCUGAGAGGAGGCGCUCACACCAAGUUCACCCCGGGACCACUUUACCGCUGCUGCUGGACCACAGCGCCGCUCAUCUGUUCCUCUGUGGUUCGAGUCUCCGCUCGGCUGCUGCUCUGACUCCAUCUUCAUGUUGAACCACUGAGAUGAACUUUACUCAGGUCUCCUGACGUCCAGCUGCACCUUCCUCGUUUCUCUCUUCUGAUCUGUUUGACGACAGAUUGAAACUCGUCCAGCUUCUUUCUGCUGGAGGUCGUAGUGAGGAGGACGAUGGCGCCCGGCGGCGUCUCCCCUCGGGCGCUGCUGUGGCUCAACCUGUUCGGCUUCAUCUCUGCGGCGGCGGCCCUCAACCCGGACGACCCCAACGUGUGCAGCCACUGGGAGAGCUACGCUGUGACCGUGCAGGAGUCCUACGCUCACCCCUUCGACCAGGUCUACUACACCCGCUGCACCGACAUCCUCAACUGGUUCAAAUGCACCAGGCACAGGAUCAGCUAUAAGACGGCCUACAGACGAGGUGUGAGGACCAUGUACAGACGACGCUCUCAGUGCUGCCCAGGUUUCUUUGAGAGCGGAGACCUGUGUGUUCCGCUCUGCACCGACGAAUGUGCCCACGGACGCUGCGUCUCUCCUGACACCUGCCAGUGUGAGCCGGGCUGGGGAGGACUGGACUGCUCCAGCGGCUGCGAAAGCGACUUCUGGGGCCCCCACUGCACCAACCGCUGUCAGUGCCGCAACGGCGCCAAGUGUAACCCGAUCACCGGCGCCUGCGUCUGCACCGACGGGUACCAGGGCUGGCGCUGCGAGGAGCCCUGCGACGCCGGCUUCUACGCCAAAGACUGCCUGCUGGAGUGCCAGUGCCUCAACGGCGCCACCUGCCAUCACCAGACCGGCGAGUGCCUCUGUGCACCUGGAUACACCGGAGCCUUCUGUGAGGAGCCGUGUCCUCCAGGGAAACAUGGAUCCCUGUGUGAGCAGCGCUGCCCCUGUCAGAACGGAGGGGCGUGUCAUCACGUCACUGGAGAGUGCUCCUGUCCCGCCGGCUGGGUGGGUCCGGUCUGUGCGCAGCCGUGCUCCUUCGGCUGGUUCGGCAUCAACUGUUCCCUGGAGUGCACGUGUCGUAACGCAGGCCUGUGCGACCACAUCAGUGGCCAGUGCCAGUGCACAGCCGGCUACAUCGGAGAGAGGUGUCAGGAGGAAUGUCCGGUCGACACCUACGGGCCCCAGUGCGCCAACAAGUGCGACUGCCAGAACGGGGCCAAGUGCUACCACAUCAACGGGGCCUGCCUGUGCAACGAGGGCUUCAAGGGCCCCAGCUGCCAGGACCGCUUCUGUCCCAGCGGCCUGUACGGACUCGUCUGCGACAGAUACUGCCCGUGCAAAACCGCCAACACGCUCAGCUGUCACCCUCUGUCGGGGGAGUGCACCUGUGCAGCAGGAUGGACGGGGCUCUACUGCAACGAGACCUGUCCGGCAGGGUUCUACGGCGGCGGCUGCAGGGAGAUGUGCGCCUGCACCAACGGAGCCGACUGUGACGGCACCAGCGGAGCCUGCGUGUGCGCUCCAGGAUUCAUAGGUGACGACUGCUCCAUCGGCUGCCCCACCGGCCUGCACGGCACCAACUGCACCUCCUCCUGCUCCUGCCACAACGAGAUCUCCUGCUCGCACAUCGACGGCUCCUGCUCCUGCAGAGAAGGUUGGCAGGGGGUGGACUGCACCAUCCCGUGCUCCAGUGGUUCUUGGGGCCUGAGCUGCAAUCAGACGUGUCAGUGUGCCAACAUGGCGGCCUGCGACCCCGUCAACGGCACCUGCACCUGCUCCUCGGGCUGGAGGGACGAGUACUGCGACGCAGCGUGUCCGGAGGGCUCGUACGGGCUGGACUGCAGAGAGAGAUGUGACUGUGUCAACUCUGACGGGUGUGACCCAGUGAGCGGCUCCUGUCGCUGCCUCACAGGAUGGACCGGUGUCAGUUGUGACAGUGUGUGUGAGGAGGGACGCUGGGGACAGAACUGCUCGUCCAGCUGCACCUGUGAGAAUGGAGGCUCCUGCUCCCCAGAGGACGGCUCCUGCGUGUGCGCUCCUGGAUACCGAGGAACCAACUGCAGACGAGCCUGUUCACCUGGUUUCUACGGUCACCGCUGCAGCCAGUCGUGUCCUCAGUGUCUCCACAGUGACGGAGCGUGUCACCACGUCACCGGACACUGUGAAUGUCUCUCUGGAUUCUUCGGCUCCCUCUGCAACCAAGUGUGUCCCAGUGGGAGGUUCGGUAGCGCCUGUGCCGAGACGUGUCCGUGCACCAACAACGGGACCUGUAAUCCCAUCGACGGCUCCUGUCAGUGCUUCCCCGGAUGGAUCGGCGAGGACUGCUCCAGACCAUGUCCUCAGGGCUCGUGGGGCCCAGACUGCAUCCACACAUGUAACUGUCACAACGGAGCCCAGUGCAGUGCUGCAGACGGAGAGUGUGACUGCAGCCCUGGAUGGACGGGACUCUACUGCACUCAGCGUUGUCCUGCAGGUUUCUACGGCUCUCAGUGUGCGGAGGUGUGUCGCUGUCAGAACGGGGCCGACUGUGACCACAUCAACGGACAGUGCUCGUGCAGGACGGGCUUCAUCGGACAGAGCUGUGAACUCAAGUGCCCUGCGGGGACGUUCGGGUACGGCUGCCAGCAGCUGUGUGAGUGUAUGAACAACGCCACCUGCGACUACGUGACGGGAACCUGCUACUGCAGCAUCGGCUUCAAAGGGAUCCGCUGUGACCAGGCUGCUCUGAUGAUGGAGGAGCUGAACCCCUACACCAAGAUCAGCCCGGCGCUGGCGUCGGAGCGGCAGUCGGCCGGCGCCGUCCUGGGCAUCAUCUUCCUGCUGCUGCUCAUCGUGGCCAUGCUGGGCCUGGUGGUGUGGUUCCGCUACCGGCAGAGAGAGAAGGGUCACCAUGUGCCCAGCGUCACCUACACCCCCGCCCUGCACAUCAACUCCACAGACUACUCCCUGUCCGCAGGGCUGCAGUGCACAGGCCUGCUCUCCUCUGCAGACUCCUCCCCCAGCAGCAGCUCCGUCGGGCGCUGCUUCUCCAACCCGAGCUACCGCACCCUGGGCCCGUGCACGUACGCCACGCACUACGCCACGCCCCACAAGAGGGCCGCCGCCAAGAUGAAGACGAAGCGGCGCCACAGGAACAGCGCUCCCGAGUGGGGCGCCUACUGUAACCUCAGCGAUCUGGGUGUUUACUGCAUCGACCGGCGUUACAGCCACCACCUGGAGCCGCCGCGCUACCGAGACUACAUGAAGGGCUCCUUGUCCAGCACCUGCUCCCUCAACAGCGAGAACCCGUACGCCACCAUCAACGACCCCCCCGCCCCCUGCAAACACUCUGAGAGCAGCUACGUGGAAAUGAAAUCACCGACUCGCCACGAUCACGUGACGCACUGCUGCUCCGCCGCCAUCAUCACCACCGCCACCGCCACCACAGCUCCCGCCAAGAACGUGUACGACAUGGAACCGACCAUCAGCAUCAUCCAGGGUGCCGGCGGUGUGGUGGUCCCGCUCAGUUUCCCUCAGAACCCGUAUGACCUGCCCAGGAACAGUCACAUCCCCGGACACUACGACCUGCUGCCUGUCCGUCACAGCCCCCACAGCCACAGCCCCCUGCCCGGCAGCCCCACCAGCUCCCUCCUUUAGACCACACCCCCAGAAACCCGAUGGACCAGUGCUCCGCCCAUUUCCCCGUGAACCAGGAAACUGUGAAGUGGGACAACAGGAAAGGAUCAGUUUAGUUUGUGAUGAGGACUAAUAUUUAUUUAUUUAUUUGUGUGUGUGUGUGAGUGUGUGCGAUCUUAUCACUGUAUUAUAUCUGAACUGUUGUGUGGUGAACAGACGGAGGAAUAAACACGGUCGCACACACACAGGUUCACCAGUUUUCUCUGGAAUAUGCUGAUCUCGUCUGUUCGGAUCCGUCCUGGUUCAGAAGAGUCCGAACAAAGAGCUGCUGGUGUAACUGUCUGUUUGAGAUGAAGUGAACAUCUGGAUCAGUGCAGAAACACUACGAACAUCUGAGGAGAGGAGACGUUCAUUACUCCAGAAUUCUCUAUAAAAAAGGACUGAAAGUAUAAAGAAGUGCACAGAAACUGCUCAGAUUGACUCAGCCUGUAUAUUUCUGGUAUUUUUACACAUGGUUUCUUAUUUCCUGUUUACAUAUUUAAAGAUCCUGCCGGGGGAUCCUUACUUUCUCUCUGAAAAAAUGAUCUUUUUGUAUGUGCUGUAGACAAAGUUGUGUAUUGGAUGUACACUUACUGUACACUUGUGAUUAUUAUUGUGAUUUUCUUCUGUUGUGUUAAGCUUAUUACACCUGCAUGCCAAAGAUUAUUCAAGAUAAAAUAGUUAGCCAGAAAUACCCUUUUGUCCUUUAGAGCAAAAUACUGAUUAUUAUUAUCUGACGUGGAAACCGGCUCUUAUUUGAAACAGGUUUUUAUUUUGGCGUUUCAACUUCCUCCACAUCUCUGAUUCCAUGUUUUUCUAAUCAUGUCAUUACAACUAUGAACAACAUCAAGUGUGAGAAAUCCUUUUUAAUUUUCCAUUGCCACACGGGUCCGUUUUGAUAAGUCUUCACUAAAGCAAUAACAGGACAUGUUGACAACCAGACGUUAACGUUGUCCUACAGAUUCGAUUCCUUUGGUUCCUUUGUCUUCUUCUAUCGUUUCUUCAUCUUCGAUCCGAACAAUCGUUUCAGCUGCAGAAGAUAAAUCAUGUGCUGCUUGUUGGUUUUUGUUUCCAGCCCGAAACUCAAUAAAGUUGUCAUAGCUCA